AUGGUAAAUGCCCAAGAAUGGUUAGAUAAAGAAUAUCCGAUAAACGGAACCUGUCAAAGAAUUAGUGACUCAGAAAACAGAGGUAAAAAAAGAGCAGAUAUAACUACAUUAGAUAUCAGCAAAGGUAAAGUCGGGCAUUCUGCUGGAAACCUUCUUUUUGGAGAUAAAGUUUUAACUAGUUCUUUAAAACUAGAAGGAUUUACUAAUUUACGAGUUUUAAUAAUUUCUUCUCAUCAGUUAAUUAGUUUGGAUACUAGCGAUUGUCCUAAUCUUGAAGCACUAGAUUGCCAAAACAAUCAAUUGAACAUUCUAAAUAUUAAUAAUUGUUCCAGCCUCGAAAAAAUUAAUUGUUCAGGAAAUUAUAUUAAAAAAUUAGGUUUAAACACAAAUAUCGAACUUAAAGAAAUCAACUGUGAUUUUAACAAAAAUUUAAAGGAAACAGAUGUAAGUAAUUGUCCGAACCUUAUUAAAACGGGUUCUGGUUUUGCAAUUGAAAAUGGCAAACUGAUAAAAAAUGUUUCCCAAAUAACUCCUGCUGGAGAAAAUUCCAUUAGAAAUAUUUUAAUAAUCGGUAUAACUGGUAGUGGUAAAUCAGCUUUGGCUAAUGUUUUAUCUAGCACUAACCAAUUUGGAGAAAGUAAUUACAGCACUAGUGCUACUAAAAGUUUUCAAUCCAGCGGUGUUGUUGAAUAUCAAGGCAAAAAAUACCGAGUAAUUGAUAAUAUUGGUUUUGGCGAUACUAAUAAAAUCACUGAGGAAGAAAUUUUAUUUAGAAUAGGAGAAGGUAUUCAUGAAGCCAAAGAAGGCUUGAACCAAAUUCUUUUUGUCUUUAAAGACAGGUUUUCUCAAGAGCAUAUAACGGUUUUCAAUAUGUUUAAAGACUUUAUUGACGAAAUUGAGAUUGCUAAAUUUACCACUAUAGUUCGCACUAGGUUUCCGAAAUUCAAAAAAAAGGAAGCAUGUGAAAAAGAUAAGCAAACCUUAAUUUCUCAAACUAUAGAACUUAGUGAAAUAAUUAAUUCAUGUAAUGGUCUCAUACAUGUGGAUAAUCCAUCAGUAGACGAGGAUGAUAGCGAUGACGAAGCAGUAAUAGAUAGAAAAAGGAGAGGAGAAUCAAGAGAAAUGGUGCUAAAAUAUCUUACAGAGAACUACAAUAUAAAUUCUAUGGUAGAAGAUUAUAAACAACGAGUAGAGAAGGGCAGUGAUUCAGAGGCAGAAUUGAAAAUAGAGAAAAAUAAAAUGGUUCAAGGGGUAAAGAGAGAGUUAGAAGCCAAUAUUAGAAUUGAUACUCCCUUAGGGUUUGGAUUUGCUAAUGUAGUUACUAACACCAAUGAUUUUAAAGAAAGUUCCGGGAGUGCUAGCGAAACCAAAAAAGUUCAACUUGGCAAUUUUAAAGAAGAUAACUUGAACUAUCAAAUAGUUGAUACUCCCGGUAUUGGAGACACUAAAAUGUCGAAUAACGAAGUAUUAGACAUUAUUGCCGAGGCAGUUUAUCGAGCAAGAAAAGGUGUUGGACAAGUAUUUUUUGUUAUUAAUGGUCGUUUUGAACAAUAUGAAAUGGCUACCUAUGAUUUAUUAAGGACUGUCAUUUUUGAUAAGGAAAUUACUAAGCAUACCACUAUAGUUCGCACUUGUUUUAAGAAUUUCAAAAAAGAAAAAAAGUAUCAAGUUGACAUUGAUUCGAUGGUUAAAGAAGCUAAUGAAAAAAGGACUGAACUGAGACAAGUCAUGUCUGCUAAAGAAAAAGAACUAACAAAUUUGUCUUCUGCUGAGGUUAGGCACCAAGAAUUAUCUACUGAACUCGAACAGUUAAAAAAGGAACUAGUAACCACUAAUUUAGCCGAAAUACUUGAGUCUUGUCAGGAAAGAAUUGUUUAUGUAGAUAAUCCUCCCCUUGAUGAUGAAGAAAAAUUGGAAAUAAAUAAAAAGAAAAGAAUAGAGUCAAGAAAAAUUCUUCUCGAACAUUUAAGCAAGAGUUAUCAAGAGGCUCCUUACAUACCGGAUAAAUUAAAAGAGUUGAGCAAAGAAAUUGAAAGUGAUUAUUCUGAUUAUUUAAAAAAAAAAGAAGAGUUGAAUGAAGAACUAAAAAGGUUAAAUUUUCGGACCAAAGCUUCUAUUUCUCAAACUUCUCCAAGCCAAACUAGCAAGAUUAGUCUUCCUAGCGACCAAACAGAGUUAACUAGCGAAGAAAAUCCAACCCCAAUUGAAGAAAAAAUCAUUCGUCAAAAAGUCUUAAAGCAUAUUUUUAAUAAUUAUGAGGGUAUUUCUAAGGAACUAGGAGGAAAUAUUUUCUUAAAUAGUGUGGCCGAUAAAAAGCAAUUAACUGUAGAAAUAGUAAAAAGAGCUAGUUAUCCGCAAAAUAUUGAACGAUUAAGAAAUGAGUAUGUUAAUUACUUACAAAAAGAAACUGAAUUGCUUGCUAAACAUAGCCAACAAUUACCCCCCGAAGCAAACUCAUUACAAGAAUACUUAGAUAAUAAAUAUCCUACUACGGAAGAAAAAGCACAGGUAAAGGAAAUAAUUAUUAAUCAAAAUAAUCCACAAAAUGAACUUGAUGGUCAAACCUUAAAUUUAACUAAUUAUCCUAAUUUAGAAACAAUAAAAAUUCAUGGAAGAUAUUUAAAAUCACCCUUAACUAAAUUAGAACUAAAUAAUAAUCCUAAACUUAUUGAAUUAGAUUGUCGAAGUAAUCAACUAACUUCUUUAAAUAUAAACAAUUGCCCUAAUUUAAAGAAAAUUUUUUGUUUUAAUAAUCAACUGACUAACUUAAAUUUUCUCCAUAAUUUGAAUGAGGAAAAAUUAACUGAACUUAGUGUCAGAAAUAAUAAAAUUACUAGCGAUUUAAUUCCUUUAAAUAAGUUUAUUAAUUUAGAAGGAUUAUAUUUAGAUAAUAAUAACUUUUUUGGUUCUUUACAAUCUUUGAGGGGAUUAGAUAAAUUAAAUAAUUUAAGUAUUGAUGAUACCGAUAUUGAUUCCGCCGAGCAAAGAAAAGAUGCUAAAUGUAAAGAUAUCUAUAACUUAUUGGCUAAUAAUCAAGGCAAAGUAGAAACAAAUUAUGAUGGAAUAAUAAACUUCCCCCAAAAACUUCAAGCUUAUAAACAAAAACUUCAAAAUCAACAAACCCCCCAAAUCCUCCAACCUCCCAAAAACUCCUAA